GCGGUUUGGUGAGUUCUCAUUGGAGCAUCUCCUUGGAGGGAGCUGGUGAUUGACAGGAGCAGCUGACAGCUCUCGCCCUGUGGGUCUAGGGGUAAGGAGAGGAAUACAGGGCGGCCCCCAGCAUCACAAACCAGGCAUCGUGUGCGGGAGAGGAGCCUGACCGCUUCCCCCAUCUCUACUGUCCCUCAGGACACCAUGACUGCCACACAAUCCUUUGGCUCUAUUAAAAAGCAAAACAGGAAUUCUGCAAAUGGAGUUGGCCCAAGUGAGAAGGAACAACUGGGCCAAUGGGGCAGAGCCUGGGAAGUGGAUUGGUUUUCCCUUGUAUCUGUUAUCUUUCUGCUCCUCUGUGCUCCAAUAAUAGUGUUCUACUUUGUGAUGUCCUGUGAUCAGUACCAGUGUGCUCUGUCUGGUCCUCUCAUUGAUUUAUACUCUGGAAAGUCAAGUGUCAGCGACAUCUGGAGUCGUGCUCCAUCAUUCAGCUGGACAGCUGCGAAAAUCUACAUGGCCUGGGUCUGUUUCCAAGUGUUUUUGUACAUGUGCGUGCCUGAUGUUUGUCACAAGUUGCUACCUGGCUAUGUUGGUGGAGUACAAGAUGGAGCAUGUACUCCUGCUGGUCGGAUCAAUAAAUAUGAAGUUAAUGGACUACAGGCAUGGAUUAUUACCCACGUGCUCUGGAUUGCCAAUGCCAAUUAUUUUCAUUGGUUUUCUCCCACAAUCCUGUUUGAUAAUUGGAUUCCUCUGUUGUGGUGUGCCAACAUUCUGGGCUAUACUGUGGCAACAUUUGCUAUGGUGAAGGCAUACCUCUUUCCCACUAAUGCCAACGACCGCAAGUUCACUGGAAAUUUCUUCUACGAUUACAUGAUGGGGAUUGAGUUUAAUCCACGUAUAGGAGCAUGGUUUGACUUCAAGCUCUUCUUUAAUGGUCGUCCUGGUAUUGUGGCAUGGACUCUCAUUAACCUUUCCUUUGCUGCCAAGCAACUAGAGCUGUACGGUCACGUGACAAAUUCCAUGAUCUUGGUGAAUGUGCUGCAGGCCAUUUAUGUGCUGGAUUUCUUCUGGAAUGAAGCGUGGUAUCUGAAGACAAUUGAUAUUUGCCAUGACCAUUUUGGCUGGUACCUGGGUUGGGGUGACUGUGUCUGGCUGCCAUACCUUUACACUCUGCAGGGCCUGUACCUAGUCUACAACCCAGUACAACUCUCAACUCCCAGUGCAAUCGGAGUGCUUCUCCUGGGACUGAUUGGCUAUUAUAUCUUCAGAAUGACAAACCAUCAGAAAGACCUCUUCAGACGCACAGAUGGAAAUUGCAAGAUCUGGGGCAAGAAACCUGACUAUAUUGAAUGCUCCUACUUAUCCAAUGAUGGUAAGAAGCACCACAGUAAGCUGAUGAUCUCUGGGUUCUGGGGCCUGGCUCGCCAUUUUAACUACACUGGGGAUCUCAUGGGUUCACUAUCCUAUUGCUUGGCUUGUGGGUUUUCACACCUCCUGCCUUAUUUCUAUAUCAUCUACAUGUCAAUUUUGCUGGUCCAUCGUUGUAUUAGGGAUGAACAUCGCUGCUCAAGCAAGUAUAACAAGGACUGGAGACAUUAUACUGAUGCAGUGGCUUACCGCCUGAUACCCAGAGUGUUUUAGGAUGAUUCACAUCAUCAUUGUACAGUUUUCAGAAGCUCAGUUUCUUCAGGUAAUGAAAGGUUUGCAUCACAAAUUCUGAUUCACAAGUAAAUGUUUUCACGGGCAUAACAACUCAUGUUCUGAGUAUAAUAGAGGUCUGGUCACAUUCAAAGAAGUGACCCAUCCAAUUUUAACAAACUUCCCUGGCUUUCUUGUGUAAAAUGACCAAAGUUAGACGAGAGUCUAACCAUUGAUGUAUCAGAAAGGUGUUGCCUGAAUGGACAUUAAAUUGCUCCAAAUGAAUUGAUAGAUGUGAUAAAUACCAGCACAAGAUUAGUGCCUGACUAUUUGGUUUUCACCUGUCCUAAUUAUUUUGUGUAAUUUCAUUUUUAAAAUGCUACUGAGAAUGACAGAAUUUCAAUUUCUGCAAGAGAUACAUGCUUAAAAUUCACUCCUGUGCAGUUUUAGCACAGUUGUUAACCCAUUGGUUUUAAGUGAGUUCAUGAUUAUGGACAAGUAGAAAGACUUGUAUCCUGUAUAUCACUUUUCAUGGCAUGCAGAUGUUCCAAAGUACUUUGUGGGUGUUGAAGUACACUUGAAGUGAAGUCCCUGGUUCAAUUUUAAAAAUGCAGCAACCAAUUCGCAACAGGCUCCCACCAACAGCAAAGAUAAUGAUCGGGUGUUGGUCCUCAUAGAGUCAUAGAGAUGUACAGCAUUGAAACAGGCUCACUGGUCCAACUCGUCCAUGCAAAUUAGACAUCCUAACCUAAUCUAGUCCCAUUUGCC